CUUCUGUUGCUGCUCAUGACAACACAGCAGCGAUUACACACACACAGCCGAGGACCAUAGGCUUCUGAACAACGUUGCUCUGCUAGAAAAACACAUAUCGGUAACUGUAAGUUAAACUCUGUCAUGAUUUACCGGGUAGUUCAACUAGAAACCAUACGUUAGCUAAAUUAACUUUGGCAGGCUACUGUCGGGUUUAGCUAAUUUUCCACAGCUGCUAGCACCCGUGUUGGCUACAGUAAGUGCUGCGUUCCUUUAGCAGCUACAGUAUGUUUAUGACAGCUUGCAUAUAGCUGCUCAUUAAAUUCAUGUUUUCUGCUAGUGAGCGACGUCAGCUCGUGUACAUCUUUAGCGUAAAAUGUCAACCGGAUUUUCCAGGUAACACUGCAGGACUUGUGGACGUACAUCCUCUCUGUUAGCUCCUUAGGCUAGAAAUGCUCACUACAUUGUGUCAGAGCAAGGUUACCUCGCCGGAUUUGGAUUGUUGCACUCUGUGGUACCACUGUCCCCCGUCCAGCAGUAUUUCACAGCAUGAGUGAUCAUUAUGUCAAAGUAAAGGUGCAACUCGAGCAGAUGAAAACCUUGGGCGAGGAUGAAGGGAAGCAGGGUGUGGAUGCUGAGGAGCACCUCCAAGAGCCUUCUCCCCCUGCCUCUGGAUCACCGGACCCCUCCAGCAUCAACACAUCUGGAGGAGACGCAUCCAGCCCCUCCAUCACCUCCAAACUCAGAGGGAAAGGUCGUACUAAGCAGGGGAAAGAUGACAAGAACUGCAGUGGUAAACACAUCUCAGAUCUGCCAUCACAUGGGUCUGUAGUUUCUGCUCCUUCUGGGAGAAACCAGAACAGACUGGAGCAUGAGCAGACCCUUCACGUCAGAGGGACUGGAAAGGUACUGCAGGGCAAGUCAGAGUCUAAUGGGAACUGUGUGACCGUCCAUGCAUCCAAAAAUGUCCAAGAAACACGCCGCGAGGAUGGAUUAAAACUUUCUCAAAGAAAGAGAAGACCAGUGACAGUGGAUACAUCUAAAGCCAAAACCUCAUUGGAGGCUCUGAAAAUAAGCAUCAAGUACUUGAAGUGGAAAGAGUUUCCUCUGGGGAGACGAGCAGCCUGCGAUAUCUACUGGCACGGCGUCUCCUUCCAUGAUAAUGAAAAUAUUGUCUCAGGGCAGGUGAACAAGUUCCCAGGAAUGAUUGAUAUGCUGAGAAAGAUCAACCUGAGUCGUGCAAUGCGGACCACGCAGGAGCUGUUCCCUGAAGAGUAUGACUUCUAUCCCCGUUCUUGGAUCCUGCCUGAGGAGUACCAGCAGUUCUCCACACAGAUUCGCAUGGUGAAGGAGAAUGAUGCCACCGUGAAUCCUACCUUCAUUGUCAAGCCAGACGGGGGUUCUCAGGGGGACGGCAUCUACCUCAUACGUGACCCCAGUGACCUAAAACUCAUGGCAGGUUCACAGGCCAAACAGGGUGUAGUCCAGGAGUACAUCCACAAGCCGUUACUCAUUGAUAAGCUCAAGUUUGAUAUCCGCCUCUAUGUACUGAUAAAGUCUAUGGAGCCAUUGGAGAUCUACAUUGCCAAGGAAGGCCUCACACGCUUUUGCACAGAGCCCUACCAGGAGCCAAGCCAGAAGAAUCUCAGCCACGUCUUCAUGCACUUGACGAAUUACUCCCUCAACGUCCACAGUGGAAACUUCAUCCACUCCGACAGCCAGAACACGGGCAGCAAGCGCACUCUCUCCAGCGUCCUCUACAGGCUGGCAGCCAAAGGUGUAGACAUCAAGAGGGUGUGGUCGGACAUCAUCGCUCUCGUCAUCAAAACUGUCAUUGCCGUGGUGCCUGAACUUAAAGUCUAUUACCAGGCUGAAAUACCACCAGGUAAACCAGGACCCACAUGCUUCCAGAUAUUAGGUUUUGACAUUCUGCUGAUGAAGAACCUGAAGCCAAUUUUACUAGAGGUGAACUCCAACCCCAGUAUGAGGAUAGAACAUGAAAAGGAGGUGUCACCAGGAGUUUUUGAAUAUGUGCCCAGUCCUGUGGACGAAGACGUCAAAGUGGGUGUGAUCAGGGACACUCUGCGCCUCAUGGACCCUGGUCUCAAGAAAGCUUCAGUGUCACAGUCAAAGGCGGGAGGGUUUGAACACAAGGAGGAGAUUUCCGUGGAGGGGGAGAAACAAGAGAAGAGUCUGGAGGAAGGAGUUCUGCCCUCGCUGUGUCUGAAGCAGGUUUAUCCAAAGUACAGCAAACAGUUCAACUGCCUGCGACUGGUGGAGCGAAUUGCAUCUCUGUUCAUACGAUUCCUCGGGGUCAAGGGCAACAUGCGUCUGGGCCCCACUGCCUUCCGAACCUUCUUCAGGACGUGUAAACUUAGUAACAGUAACUUCACCAUGGCUUCAGUGGAUAUCCUCUACAUAGACAUUACACGUCGUUGGUCAGGGACGAUAUCCGACUCCAGAGAAGCAGGGAUGGGACUACAGGCAUUUGUGGAGGCCUUUUUCUUCCUGGCUGGUCGUAGGUUCAAGUCCCUGGUGCUGAGGGAGCAGGUCGUGUCCCUGCUGGAGCUGUGUGAGGCUCAGCUGGAGUCCCAGCCGGGCGGUGAAGACAGACGCUCGGUGAGCUGCAGCAGGGCGCUGCCACGAGCUGUCAAGACACAGACGCUCGGCCAGGCCAACCCUCAGCUCAGUUCCCCGGCUCCACAGCGAAGAGCAGCCAGUCAAGACUACCGGCUGCAUCAAAGACUCAAGCCUCGUAUGCUCAGGGCCAACGUGGAGAACUGAUGAGGAGACCUUCAGCUCUGUCUUCUCACUCCCAAACACUGCCUUUAGCCUUCUCCACAGGAGCAAGGAAAUUAGGUGUCCAUAACUCGUAGGCUGCUCCCGCAAGGGGUGGGAUGAUGAGAGCUGAGAAAACUGACUCGCUUGACCCCUGCUGGCUGACUUACAGGAGGACUGUUCUCAGCCUGAUUGCUUUCCUUUCAGAGGAAGAUGUCUGCAGGGGUUUUUGCUGUGUAAAGAGAACGAAGUGGUGUGAGGAGGUCGGUGCAUAUCUGUCUGUCCUGGUGUGAUCACAUAUGAACAGUGUGGUCAGUGAGGAGGAUACGGUUGCUAUUAAUAUUCUUACUGACUCUACAGAGCAGCUAUUUGCUUACCUUUGCCUAACAACACAUGCACUGUAUAUAAAAAGGGACGUCAUCUUCUUGUUGCGAAACACAUCUCUGCUGUGAAGCCUGUAGAUUUAGCGUGUUAAGAAACUUCACCUGCAAACAGGCACCUGCUGGAUUGUAAUGCCUGUCAAUCUGCACUUAAUAUAUGCCGUGCUUUACCGUCCAUUUUCCUCUAAAUGGGAACAUCAUUUACAAAAUUGGCAUCAUGUGCUAUUGAAGAAGACCUCAAACUAGUGAUCGAGACCAUUAACUCCUCAGGAAGAUGUUUACCGACGUUAAAAAUCAAGUGAGAAUUAGGCUCGUUUUCCCGUGGGCUUCUUUUCAAACAUGGUUCUUGUUGUCGCCCCCUGGUGGCUAACUGCUGUGUUCAUUCUACUUCCUAAGCCUCACUUUUCAAACAUGAAGACAAAGUCCAUUUUUACAUACAGUCUACACCGACAACAUGUACACUACAGCAGACAGGAUUUGCACUGGUUGCCCCGCUUCAGUAGAUUU